AGUCAGUGUUAGUAGAGCACAGACAGAAGACAGGCGCUAAAGGAGGCUGUCGGACAGAAACACCACGAUCAUGAGUCAGAAACACACUGCAGUAUAGAGACACACACGAGGAGCAAACAACAGCAGGACGGCGACCGAAGGACCCUGUGUUUGAAUCUGCGAGACCGACAGACAGAAAGAGAAAGAGACUGCCGUCUCCUGGACUUCUCCCCGUCCGUGUGAGGUUGUGGCAGGCAUGGCGUCGGAGCCAGGCACCCAGUCCAGAGUGAUGUUUCAGACCAAAGAGGAGGAGCCUGCCCAACGCAAACUGGGCAAACUGACGGUCAAAUACAACCGCAAAGACCUCCAGAGGAGGCUGGACAUCGAGGAGUGGAUCGACGGACAGCUGCACCUGCUGUACGACUGUGAGGAGGAUGAGAUUCCUGAGUUGGAGAUCGACAUCGAUGAACUUCUAGAGCUGACAGACGCAGAGCAGAGAUCUCGACUGCACGAGCUUUUGCAAGAAUGUGGAAAGCCAAAGGAGGACUUUAUCAAUGGGCUGCUCUACCGGAUGAAGGGACUGCGGAAGAUGUCAGGAUCUCUGAAGAAAUAGUAUGAGCUCAAAGGCCGGAUUUAUGAACCACCUGGCUCCACCCCCUGGCCCCACCCCCAACGACAAGCCCCGCCCACCACCCCUCCUGUCUGUAGAGCGUUGCGUGUCUGUCUGUGGACGUUUCUAUAAUUCACCGCACACAUGGGUCAAUGACGCAAACUUCUAGAAACAGUGUUUUUGACCACUGAUAAUUCUGGACAAUUUCUCCAGCAUUGCAGAUAAACUGUAAUGCCUAUUAUUACUCAAAUGAGAUUGUUGAGAUUUUUUUUUUUUUUUGUGACAUGUACAUUUUGUUCCCUAUUUAUAUAUAUAUUUUGUUCUGACAAGUGUUGUAUGUAAUAAUAAACAAUUUCUUUUCAAGAUUUUAGAUGAAGAGCACAGAUACAGUUCGUGAUAAUAAAUUCAGAAUCCAGAAUAUCUUUCUUACAUUCUGCCGUUGUCUGAUUUUAGUUCUAUAAUUGAGAUAUUUAUUGCAUGACAAUUAAUAGUCAUUAAGUGCAGAAUGUUCUGGGUUAAAUAGUUGGUAGAAUCUCUAAAUGGUAAAAUAUGCAUCUUUCAUAACGCUUUUAUAUACAAUAACAUAUAACAAAAACUAAAAAAAUAAAAUUGCAUUAAUUUAUUCAGUAUUUUACAUCAUGCAUAUAUAGUGAAGCUGAUGAUAUUUAGAUGAUCUGCAUGAGGAUCAAUGUCCACAGUGUAUAUAAACACAAUCACCAGCACUAAAAAGGCAAUUUAGACACUUUACAGCUCAAAUAACAAGCAUUGUGUUCAUGUGUUUGACUGUAAGGCUUGUUUGAUUUUUAUAAACUUACUGGUUUUGGUAAUCAGUUGCAUGUCACAGAUUCUGUCUAUAACCCAGAAUAUUCCUUUCUUGUACAUUUACAUUUGAUUAAAGCUUUUAAAGUACUUGAAA